GGACCUGUCGCGCUUCCGACGGGCGCCUCGGCGUCAACCUCGACUAGCGCCGGCGCGCAGCCGUACCCGCGCAACGGCAACGCCUCGGCCCGCAGCCUCGCGACGACCGACGGCCGGUCGAGCCCGCUCCCGCGACCUGCCUCGCCCGUCUCGCCCCCUCAGCGCCCUUUCCAGCCUCGUCAGCCGUCGUACGAGGGCGCGCCGUUCGCUCGCUCGAAGCACAGCUUUCACAGCAGCGACGGCGUGUACCCCGGCUCGCCGCUUCGCCGCUCGACGUCCCUCUCGACGGGCCCGAACGGCGCGGCCCAGCCUCGAUCGCCCGUCCACCACCCGUCACCUCUCCUCGGUCGAGACGCCGUCGGCCUCAUGAGCGACAACAGCCCGUACUCGCGCGGCGGGUCCGCCCUCGCGAGCCGAGACGACCUCCCGCUCAGCUCGAGCGCCGGCGCCGGCGCCUCGAGCACGACCUCGCGCCAUCGAGGGUCGCACUCGACGACCGAGGCGCUGCGGUCGGGCAUCUCGCGCCGCCUCGACCGCAUCCGAGGGCGCACGAUGGACGAGGCGAGCGCGAGCGCGACCGCCCUCGACAGCCAGGCGCACGACUCGCCGGCGCAAGGGCGGUCCGACUCGGACUAUGCCGCACGCAGCCCGUCGAGGCGUCCGCAGCCGGGCUUGCCGUCGCCCGGCAGCGGCGGCGAGCCCGGCGCCGCCGCUCGGCGCCAGUUCGAGCGGCCCUACCUGCGCAAGAACAACACGUCGGUCGACGUCACGCGCCCGAGCGGGUUCGACAGCGACGGGCAGAUGCGCUCGAGCGGCGACGAGGCGCUCAUGGGCGGCGGCGCGGCGGGCGGCAAGGCCUGGCGUCGCGCGAGCAAUCGCAUCCUCCAGAGCGCGUGGCAGGGCUUCAAGACGUCGCUCGACACGUACCCGGACCCGUGGGCCUACCCGCCCUCGGUACGCCCGACGACGUCGCUGUACGGCAGCGGCGGUCGAGGACGGUCGGCGGCGAGCGGGCCGGGCGGGCGGAACACGGACGGCGCGCUGCGGCGCAGCCAGAUCGCCGAGGCGGACGAGGAGGACGACAGCGAGGGCGAGUGGGCGGCGACGAGGAGGAGGAGGCGGCAGCCUCGCGAGGUCGUCGACCUGAACGAGGACGAUUUCGGGCGGCUCAACAGUGCUCUCCGCCAGGUCCGCAUCGAGGUCGCCCGCCUCGACGACUCGCUGCCGCAGCAGAUCGCGACCCUCGGCUCCUGCCUCGACGAGCUGUCGGCGCACGCCGAGUCGACCACGGCCGAGACUCGCCUCUCGUCGUACUACGCCCCGCCACGCAUCCCUGCGAGCGUACUCGCCGACGUCGCCCACGUCAAGCGGCGCCGCGACCUCGAGGAGGAGGGCGAGGACGUCAGCGGCGGGUCCGGCAACGACUCGGACUCGGAGGACAGCGAGUCGUCGUCGUCGUCGUCGUCGACGUCGUCCAGCUCGAGCAGGUCGCAUGCGUCGAGCUACGACGAGCGAGCCCGUGGCUCACGGUCGCGCGCGUCGUCGCCCCGCAAGCCGUCCCUGCACGCUCGUCGACCGCGCCGCGACCGCCAUCCCGUCCAAGCGCACGCCCGUCACGUCACCGAGCCCGUAUCGACUCGUCAGCAGAUGCGCGCUCGGUCGCACACGCUCGCGUUCCCGCCCAACGUUGUCCCGCCGCACAGCGACCUCGCGCCGCCGCGGCCCAAGGAGGUCAGCCGAGCGUCGGGCUUCUCGCCGAUGCAGCACGCCGAUCCGCUCCGGGUCCUCGAGAACGUCGUGCGCGACCUGACGCGGGCGGCCGACGAGCUCGAUGCGGGUGCGCGCGAGGUCGCCGCCGAGCAGGACAAGGUCGACGCCGAGAUCAACCGGCUCGUCGACAAGGUCGAGGCGACGCAGAAGGACAUCGAGGAGACCGACUAUCAGAAGCUUCGCGCCCUCGAGGACCACCACCUGCGCCUGCGCACUCGCCUCGCCCGCCCAUCGCCCAUCACGAGCCUUGUCGGUCCCGCCGGCGACCUCGUGGCCAAGGCCUUCUUCGUCGUCGUCCGCGCCGCCUUCCUCGCCGCCUGGCCCGUUCACUGGGUCACGCCGGCCCUGCGCGCCCUCGGCCUUCCCCUCUCGUACUCGCUCGCCGUUGCUGCCCUGUCGAUCGUCGGCCUCGCCCUCGUCUACUACGGCGUCGCCGUGCGCCUGUGGGCGCUUCUGCCCGACCUGCCCGUCGUCGAGCCGUUCAAGGCCCUCGCCGUCAACCUGUGGGCCCGCUGUAGCUCGUAGAAUCCCUCUCAUUUCGUGUAUUACUACCCGCAAUCGCAUUCUCGU